UCUUGGCCUAGUAGGUGACACGGGAAAGCAUUUGCGCUUGGAAGAAAGGGUGAUUGAGAAAGAUUAUCUCAAUUGAGGUGGACAAGUGUCAUUGUAUUUGCUGAAGACUUUUGUGGAAUUAGGUUCGAGCUAUAAGGAAGAAUUCAAGGCAAGAAUCCAACUGGUUCAACCCGUUCGUUUCAAUUGAACGAGUCAAUCAUCGAACCACCACAACGGUGUGUUUCGCAGCCUCAGCAGCAUCAGCAGCACAAGAAGACUGUGUGAAACUAGUGUAAUUCACCGGCGUGACGGUGCGGUCAUCUAGCAGAGGAGAUAUCCAACUGUUUUAGCACGGCGACGACGGGGACGACGACGACGACGACGUAAUUUUAUAUCCCUCAACGGGUCCAACCGCAACGGGCAGAAACCGCAACAAUGUCAUUGCGCCUAACCGCCACCACCGCCGCCGCAGCCGUUAUUCAUUGAAGUUUUCCAGCCGAACAGGAAGAAUCCAUACCGAGCGAGGAAAAUAAAACCAACGAAAAAGUGAAAAAGUAACGGAAGAGAAGUGCCGAAGUGAGUGUCAGUGCCUUACAUCGUCGGCGAAAGAGUUUGUGAAUGGAAACCACUACCGUCUACGUGGCUCAGUCUUGAUAAAAGGAAUGAUAUUAAUGGGAAGAUAAAAGAGUGUGAUAAGGAAGCAGGAGGGAAAAAAAAGUGUCGCUGACAAGUGUCAGAAUAGCAGGAAGAAGAAGUUGCAAAAGUCAAGAGUUCAACCGACAAGUGCUUUCCGGGCUAAAUAGGAAAAGAAUAGCUCUGUGUGUGUAUGUGUGUGUCUGUGUCUCAACGACGGCGACGACGAGCAAGUGUUUAAGUUUUGUUGCCGAGAAUUCUGGUGGAAAAUAUCCCAUCUUGUCAGCAGGGGAUUACUUCCGGUCAUAAUUCCUCAUGUAGUUGUUGCACCACCCACCGGUUCAAAUCGAGAGAAAAGUGUAAGCUAACAGUGGGAGGAAGAGUCAACAGGAGCUUGGCCGGAGUUUCUUUGAGGAAGUACUCGGGACGGACAACCAACCGAACCGGAACAUAUUGUUAUAAUCGCUCUGUGGGAAACCCACCACAGCCAACCUCGGACGGAGCAGAAUCGUAAAGAAGCAUACCAACAAACCAAAGAAUGCACCAAAAUCACCAUGUCGCUGCCUCAGGUCAUCGAACAGCUAUUGCCAUCGCCACCGUUGCCAUCCUCAGUAUUUUCACACCACCGUGCACGGCAUCGAUCAUCCCGGCCAGUACCGAAGCGCCUAAAAAAUGUGUUGGACCAGAAAAUCCAGGUCCGUGCCAGGGUGUCAACAAUCGGUACUUCUUCGAUCAAACAACCCAGAACUGCACCCAGUUCACCUGGGGCGGCUGCGGAGGCAAUCUGCAGAACAAUUUCGAAACGUACGAGAUGUGCAUACAACAGUGCACUAAUGAGACACAAACGCAGCCUUCGGUGCAGUCAUCAUCGACGACCGACAACCCAUCGACGACGGUGCAGACCCAGACACAGGAAGCCCUGUCGCCUCGGUACUCGUCCAGUAGCACACGGGCGCCGCUGUCGGACGAGAUGAGGGGCUCGGAGCUCACGUUCAAGGAAACGGGCUACGAGAAAACGUUCUUGUUCGCCAAGAACAACACGUUCAUCCAGAUGGACGGGGAAACAAUACAAACAUUUCAAUUAAGAUUAUGCCGUGAAAUAUCAUUCCAAUUUCGCACCCGUCUGCCGCACGGACUGCUGGUGUAUCACAACGUCAAGACCCCGGCCGGCGUCAAGCUCGACCCGUACGCCCUGUACGUCAUCGUGGAGAAGGGCCAGCUCAAGGUGGUGCACGUGUUCGGCAACCACUCGACCAGCGUAACCGUCGGCGAAGGCCUCAACCGGGACGAGUGGCACAGCGUUAUGGUCCGGAUAGACGUGCACGGGGCCCGGCUGAUAGCCCGUGUUGAUGACCACAACGAGGAAGUCUACCUCAAAGGGCUGAAUCACGAAACCAACUACGGCGUCUCGAUCAACCUGAUGUCGGUGGUGCUGGUCGGAGGGCUCAGCUCGGAGGAAAAAUUGCACGGCGUAAAGUACAUAAUCGAGUCAUUUGUCGGCUGCAUCCGCAACGUAGUCCUCAGCUCCGGCAAGGCGGCGUCCGAUCUGCUGCCCAUCACUCCGCUCAUCGCCACCAAGCACGAGAACGUCAAGGAAGGCUGCCGCAACAAAUGCCACUCCCGGCAGAACCUCUGCUUCCCCGGGUCCCGCUGCGUCAACCACUACUAUGACAUCUCGUGCGACUGCUUCGGGACCAAGUACGAGGGCGAACACUGUGAUAUCUAUACCGCAACAGUAUUAACGCUGCGAGGCUCCAGCUACGUAUCGUACCGGAUCUACGACUGGAAGGACCGUGUCCAUUCGCCCGUGACCCGCAUCAGCAUGAUGUUCAAAACGAACUACGACGACUCGGCGCUGUUCUACGCCAGUGGAGAGUCCCUCAAACCGCAGUAUAUUGCCGCCUCCAUCAAAAACCACUCGGCCUACAUCGAGAUGGACUUUGGCGACGGUGUCAUGGCGGCCGUUCUCGGCCAGGACCUCACCAAGCACUAUUGGCACAAUCUGACCAUCUUCCACCAGAGCAAUCAGGUCCUGGCCAUCCUCGACGACCAAAUGCAAAUCCUGGACGUCCGUGGGGACAUCCACAAUCUGCUGUUCGAUCCGGAGAUCUACUUUGGCGGUGGUCCCAACCUCUCCAAGCGGAAAGGUCUCGCCUCGAACAACAACUUUGUCGGUUCGCUCAAGUACGUCUUCUACAACGACGUCGCGGUGCUGUUCGAGCUGAAGAAAGCCAACGCCAAGGUGCACUACAUCGGCGUGCUAGAGGAGGAAUUCCGCGAAAUCGAAGUCGAUGUCAUCCCGAUCACGUUUUCCUACGCCAAGUCACACAUCUGGUGGACCAUGAACACCGUCGAUAAGCUGGACCUCAAGUUCGACUUCAAGAGCAGCAAAUCGUCGGCCGUGCUAGCCUACAGCGAAGUCAAAGUCAAUGAUGUCCAAAUGAACGUCGAAACCGAUGGCUACUGGGAGAUCCGGCUCGCCACGGAUCGGCUCAGCUUUGAACUGUGUCCGGACGUAACCAGCAACAUCACCCACGCCACCCACGUCCGAAUCGACAAUCCGACGUCGUGGCACGCAAUCCAUCUGACCUACGAGCGGAGGGAGAUUAAAUUUGUGGUCGACUUCAGGCACACCGUCACCCAAAUGCACGGCCUAUCGUUCAACGUCGGCGAUAAGCUCAUCAUCGGAAGCAGCCUGAAGGCGGCCGCAUCCGGUCUGGUCGGCUGCUUGCGGGAUCUGAAAAUUAAUGGAGUGGAAAUCGAGCCGCGGUUCCUGGUCAAGAGCGAACGGGUGGUGGGCGACGUUUCGCUGGACAACUGCAAGUACGUUGAUCCCUGCAAUAAGCCGAACACGUGCGAGCACGGCGGAAAGUGCUCGGUUAAAGACGAUGGUAUCAUUUGCGACUGCAAGGAUACCGGAUACGUUGGGAAGAACUGCCACUUUACCCGGUUCCGGAAGACGUGCGAGGAGCUGGCCCUGCUGGGCUUCUCCAAGUCGGACGUCUACUCGAUUGACAUCGAUGGCAAUGGGGUGUUUCCACCGGCCAGGGUCAAGUGCGACUUCCAAAGCUUGACCAAUGCGACGAAGACGAUUGUCGAGCACAAUUUACCAUCACAGGUGGACGUACGGUCAUUCAAGGAUGUUGAUUUCAGUUUCCACAUUCAAUACCGGGAAUUCAGUGCCGAGAUGUUGCAGGAGCUGAUUUCACAUUCGCUCUACUGCACCCAGUACAUAAAGUACGAUUGCAUCAAAGCACCACUGGACCUGCACUCAGCCACCUGGUUCAAAUCAUCCUACAACAACAACACUGUCGAUUCGCUGGGAGAAGUCAAACGAGGGACUUGCCCUUGUUCGGUGGGUCAGAAUUGCUUGAAACCCAGCCUGACAUGCAGCUGUGAUGCCAAUCAGAACAAAUGGGAGACGGACGAGGGGUAUUUCAAUGAGCCGACCAGCCUUGGCAUCACCCAGAUGUACUUCCUGCAGCAGAAGGAAAUUCUGGACGAUGAGUCCCAGGGUCGCAUCACGCUCGGUCCGCUGGAGUGCGUUGAAACGAAUACCCAAAAGUACGUCGUCACGUUCACAACCUCGCAGUCCUACAUCGAGGUGCCCGGUUGGCGGAAGGGUGACAUCGCUUUCUCGUUCCGAACCACCGGCGAGAAGGCCAUCCUCCUGUUCCAGCCUCCGAUCCGGUCCAACUUUCCGUCCUUCAUGGUGGCCCUCACCGGAGACUAUCAGCUAACGUUCAACUUCACCCUGAACACGGGCACUCCGAAAAUGUUAACCAUCGACACCGACCGGAAGCUGAACGGAGGCGAGUGGCACAAGAUCUGGAUCGAUUACAAUGAGCAUCACGUCCGGUUCAUGAUCAACACCGACAUCAGCAUGGUGGAUUUGCAACCGGAGGAAGAGUUUGGUCCCUUCGAGGGAAGCAUGUUCAUCGGAGGAGCUCCAACGGAAAUCUCCAAAAAGUACACGGUCAAGCAAGGUCUCAUCGGAUGCUUCCGAGGUCUCGUCGUUAAUGGAGAGAUCCUGGACAUCUACAGCUUCAUGUCGGUUCAUCUUUCGGAGAUCAUCAAGGACUGCAAACCCUCCUGCGUGCCGAAUCCCUGCAAAAGUGGAGCUCACUGUCGCGAGCUGUGGAGCUCGUUUGAGUGCGUCUGCGAAAAUCGAUGGGCUCACCUUGGGCAGCACUGUGAAACGAACAUCAACGAAGAUGGACUGACGUUCAUCAGUCGCGAGUCCUACCUGAAGCGGAACUACAUUAGUGACACCGAGAGUCAGCGGGAGGAGAGGGAGAAGCUUCGCAGCAUAUUAAAUUCUUCGCUGCUAAUAAAUCUCCGCACCUACGAUAGGCAUUCAUUCGUGCUGUAUGCGAACGAUCACUUCAACAAUUUCGUCCAACUGUACCUGACGAACGCCAGCCAGGUGGUGUAUCUGUACAACUAUGGCAACGACAUCGUGAAUCUGACGGUGGAGCACGACGGUCUGAACAAUGCCCAGAGCAUCCAGGUGGCCAUCAUCCGAACCGAGACCAAUACGACGCUGUUCGUCAACGACAAGAACGUCACCAUCGAACGGGGCCACCUGCUGCUGGAGGAGUACUGGAACAAACCGUGGUCUAAUCCGGAGCUGGAGGUCCUCUCGCCGCACCGCCCACCGGCCCCUCCGACCGAGUACUUCCAGUUCAACAUCGGCGGCUACGAUCCGGCGAACCUGCUCAAACCCAAUGCGGACACGGAGGAGCUGCAGGGCUACAUCGGGUGCAUCCGUGGCCUCAAGGUUGGCGAUAAUUUGAUUUCACUCAAAGAGAUGGCCCUGCAGAACAAUGCCCACGUGACCGAGGGAGUGCUGGACGAUUGUCAGAUGAAGUGCGACGCCGAACCGUGCAAGAAUGGGGGAAUUUGUACGGAGAAAUUCGCCAAACAGGAGAGUACCUGCAAUUGCGAACAUACGAGCUUCCUGGGGGAGUUCUGUUCGGAGGAGAAGGGGGCCAGUUUCAGCGGAGAGGCGAUCCUGCUGAGGAAGUUUGCCCUGUCGGAAAGGGUCGAACAGGUCCAGCUGCAGCUGGCCUUCUCCAGUAACGAUAUGAGACGAACCAAUCGAGUGAUGCUGUUGCUGCAGACGAAGAACGAUCGAAGCUACUACCUGAUGGUUUCAAUCACUCCGGAAAAUCAUCUGGUCAUUGAGGAAGACCGAGAAGGAUCUACGUAUGAGGCGAAAAUCAAGCGUAAUUUCAUGGACGACGCCAGACAUUCGAUCUACUACACUAGGAAUGGAAAUGAAAGCUCUCUGCUGGUGGAUCGAACAAACAUAGAAAUGGUGUUGAGUCUGGUGAAUAAACCGUUGGUGCAAAAUUUGGACCCGGGAAAGAACCACGUGCAGGUCGGUGGCAUCAAUACGACCGAUACUCGGUUCACUGGCCUCAAGAGCUACGAUGGCUGUUUGUCGAACAUUUUCAUCCAUGUCAACAACGACACUAUGAAACCGUUGGAGGAGUACAUGCUGUUUACGAAGAGCGAGGUGGAAAUGAUCCAUGUCAUCAAUCCUCAAGGCGUCCGUUCGGCUCAGUGCAAGCAAUUCGAUGUGCUACUGAAGCAGCCAUCAUUCAGCGCACCGGAAGUCAAUAUGACCUCGGCAACCGUUAAAAACUGGGUCGUCGAUCCGCCGGCUCGGAUCCCAUACUUGGCCAUCCACCAGACAAAGACGGAGCAGAAGGACACAACGCAGGUGGUGUUCAUAACGCUGACCGUGGUCUUCGUGGUGAUUGUUACGUGCUGUUUGAUUGAAGUCUACCGAUCAGAUCGGGAGUACAAAAAGCGCCAGGAACGGAAAACGGACGAGGACAUCAUUCUGUCCAAGGAGCAGGCCGCCAAGAUGCAGUACGAAUCAUCCACGCCCAACGUCAAGGGGUACAACUACAAGGCGAUUCCACUGGACGAAAAGAAGGAAAAUGGUACCUCCAAACCCCUAGUAGGAAUUCUCAAGAACGGAAGCGUCACACCGCCCAUCAACGGCGAUGCCGGUCAAAAGACGCCGGAUGCGAACCAUAAAGAUGAAAAGGAUAUGCAGCUUCUCACUGGCAUCAGAGAGAGCCAACUGAUGGAUCAUGAACUUCAGUGGGAAUCGCUUGCUGCCGAAGAAGCCGAAGCCCUCGUCAAGCUGGAUGACGAAUCCGUGGAUGACACCGCCCGCGGAAGCUCCUCACACCUUGCCAACGGGAACGGCCCGUCGCAUCAGCACCUGUCCGACCGGGAGGACAACAGUGAUAGCGAAUUGACCGAUCCACCGGAAGCACUAGAAACAAGCUUGGCUGCCGUAGAUACCGUAGAUUUGCCACCAUCUGCCACAUCCGGCGAAACCUCGCAAUAUAAAUAUCAGCACAACAUUGCAGAUGAAACAAUCGUCGAAGUAGAUGAACCGUCGAAUUCUUCGGAAGAAACCGUAGACGAAGAAGAAGAAGAAGUAGAAGUAGACGAAAUGUAUCAAUCAACCGUAGACGAUGUAGUGGAUAGGCCACAGCCAUCACGAGAACCCCGGGUGCCGGAAAACAUAGCGAUGCGAGUCAAGUAUAGAAAACUGCCUCCGUUAUAUCUGGAUGCCGAUAAGCGACAGUUUGCCAAUCCGAUUAGCUACCUGGGCGGUCCGCGGCUCGACAAUCGGACCUCAAUGGCGUCCCGAUCGAGUCGGGGCGAUAGCUUAACCAGUUUGGAUUCGUUGAUGUCGCUUGAUUAGAUGGGAAUGAAUAAAUUAUUCUGGACAGCUUGA